AUGUCGACUACAAGCAACGCAGACGUUCACAUUAAAAUGGAAGCGGAGGAGGAUCCACAGCAGGAACCCCACCCACAGUUAGACCCAGAUGAAACAAGACCGUCUGGAGCAAGAAUAAGGACCCUUACAGAAAAAGGAGAAGAACUGUACAUUUCCACAACCACCAAAUAUUUGGAUCAGCUCUCUCAAGUGCAGUGUACAGUUGAAGACCUAAUGUUAAGGUGUGUAAAUCAGUUUUUAGAGUAUUUGAGUAGAACAAAUACGGAAGAAAGCAGGAAAGAUUAUAUGAAAUACAAAGCAAAAAGUGAUGUGAUCAUACGUGAUAUAAAGAAAGAGUUAGAAUAUCUUGAUAAAAGAUAUGCAGUUGAAGAAGUUAAGUCUGAGUGCUCGGAGAAAUUAAGUGCUAAAUCAGUUGCAGAAAGUGUCUCAGCUAUGUUGUUAAGUAAAAGAAUACAAGCUGAAGCCACAAAAGUUAAGCUUGAAAGUGCAUUGAAAGAGGCAGAAAUAAAGAAAAGAAAAGCAAAGUUACAGUGUGAGGAGGCAGAAAUUGAAGCAGAAUUAGAAUUAUGUGUGUCUCGUCGCAAUGCUCAGUUGGCUGAAGUUGAGUACAGAGUAGUGUGUGAAGAAAGUAGUGAUAAGUUGUCAUCUAUUUCAGGUAGAAUACCUGGUGUACAGUUACAACAGAAAGUUCUUUCACAAGAACUCCUGCAGCAAGAGGCAGCAGAUUCUUUAAGUCGUGUCAAGCAGUACGUGGAAGAUCAGAACAAGGUACCAGAAUUUGAUCUCAACCCUUCUUUGGAACAAGCUAUGCCUGUCAUACAACCUCUUCGUAGUCAGCCCAGUGAUGCCAAGGCUAAUCCUGUGAGUAACAGUUGUUGUGGAGAAUUGUCGCGUUUCCUUUUGAAGAAGGAACUUUCCCUGGCACGUUUCAGUCCAUUUGAUGAUCGUCCUGAGUCUUAUGUGCCUUGGAAAACUACUUUUCAGCAGACCAUUCAAGAUCUGCAUGUUACGUCUUUGGAAGAAGUUGACCUUUUACUCCGGUGGCUGGGCCCUGAGUCGUCCAAAUUUGCGCAGAGUAUAGGACUUCCAAUAUACAUGAUCCAAGUUACGUUCAGAGAUCCCAAGAAACUGUAUGAUCUGCAUGAUCUUCUCUGCGAAGUACAGUCGCUUAAAGAAAAUCCACUUUACGAGAAACUGUUUGGACACUUUGACACAUCUGCAGGAAUAAACCCUGUGAUAAGCAAGUUACCUCCUUCAGUACAAGGAAAAUGGCGAGACAAAGCAUCCAACUACAAGAAAACACAAGACUUCAUUUCUGACGUUGCACAAAUCCAUAAUGAUCCAGGAUUUAAUUUUGAGCCAGAAGUAAAAUCUCAUAUAGACAAGACUUCAAAGCUAGAUAAAUUUAAAGUAACUACAAAGAAGACUGUAGUGCCUGAUGAAGAAGCCCUUAAAUGUAUAAUACAUGGGACCAACCAUUCUCUACAUGAAUGUAAAAGCUUUAAGUCAAAGUCUUUAGAAGAACGCAAGAAACUUCUGAAAGAAAAUAGAAUAUGUUUUAAGUGUUGCAUCUCGAAGAACCACUUAAGUAGAGAUUGUCCAGAGGACAUAACCUGUAAAGACUGUGGAAGCUCAUGGCAGGAGAAGCCGGAGCAGAGUGUUGUUAAAGAGUCAGUACGUGAACAAGCUUUAAAUGUGACCAACAAGAGUACUGGUGUAUGUGAGGAAUUUCCUGGAAAGUCUUGUGCUAAAAUUUUGCCAGUUUACGUUUUUCAUGAGAGUAACCCGAGGAAGCGUAUGAAGUCAUAUGUUAUAUUAGAUGAUCAGAGUAACAAAUCUUUAGCUAAAGGAGAGCUUUUAGAUUUCUUUGAUGUUCGCUCUGUGGCAGAGGAAUACAUCAUAACUAGUUGCUCUGGCCGUUCAGUUAUGACAGGAAGGAAAGCUGGUGGACUAUGCAUACAAGCUGUUGAUGGUAGUCUACAGAUGAGCCUUCCUACAGUCAUCGAAUGUGAUGAACUUCCUAAUAAUAGGACUGAGAUUCCAACUCCCAACAUUGCUCGACUUCAUCCACACCUCAAAGACAUUGGUCAGAAAUUUCACCUCUUGAUGAUCAGGCUCAGAUUCAAUUAUUGA